UCCCUCAUUUUACUCCAAAUGAUUGCUUCCUUUUCAAAAUUGACUCGACUUAAUAUAGGAUUAAAUCGAUUUGUUAAUGAAAAUUAUUUGACGUUUUACAUUGAUAAUUUUUUGGUGGUUACGAGAUCUUUCAUCUGCUACCAUUUUUGUAUGACACCAUUCUAAUUAAAUUUAAAAGGUAAAUCUUUAAAAUGAUAAGGUGUUC